CAAAGGCGAAUUUCUUACCCCGAAACAUUCCACAGCCGGGAGAAGCCACCGCAUGGCGGCGAUCGAAGCAUCCGCCGCCGCCAUGAAGCCACAGAAGCACAGACAACGGAAACAGGAAGAGCGACCCUCGUUGCUUCAACAGGAUCAACAGAUGGAGCACGACCACGCCGACGAACCGCUGCGAGACGGCGCCGACGUCUGCCAACAGCUCAUGGACCGCUACGCCAAAUCCUCCGCCCCUCAGCACCGCCACCUCCUCGCCACCGCCGCCGCCAUGCGCGCCAUCCUCGACGCCGAGUCCCUCCCCCUCACGCCCGCCUCUUACUUCGGCGCCGCCAUGUCCGCCGUCGAGACCACGUCCUCGUUGCAGGCCCUGGACUCCACGGAGGUCGCGGCGCUCAUGUCGUUCCUCGUGAUCGUCCUGCCCGCGGUGCCGCCGCAGGGGAUCGCGCCCGCGAGGGCGAGGGAGGCGGCGGAGGUGUUGGCGGAGGUGAGGGAGGAGGAGAAGCUGGCCGUGUCCAGCGUGAGGUCCGCGGUGAAGUGUUUGGGGGUUUUGCUUGGGUUUUGCGACUUGGAGGAUUGGGAUUCGGUGAAAUUCGGGUUGAAGACGCUUUUGAAGUUCUCCCUGGCCAAGCGUCCUAAGGUUCGGCGAUGUGCACAAGAAUGUCUUGAAAAGGUUUUUAAAUGCUUUAAGUCCUCUAGUGUUGUUAGGAAAGCAAGCAAGCUGGUACUGUCUUCUUUUGAAAGUUGCAUUUCUUCAGCAGAUUGGUCAAGGACUACAAGUCCUGAGGAUGGAUCUACAGAUGAUAAACUGUUGAAAUCCGAGAAUAUAGGAUUCUUACAUAUGCUUAAUGUGCUGGUAUCUGUUUGUCCGUAUCUGUCUGCCAAAGUAAGCAUUCAGAUUCUUUCAGAAUUAGACAAGCUUAUGAGUCUCGGGUUCUCAGCGCUUACAACACUGAUUCUUAAAAUCAUCGAGGCAUUAUUGGAAACUCUAGCAGUGGGAGAUACUGUUCAAGAGAUAGAAAAUGUCAUCACUUCUCUUGCUUCUUAUGUUUCUUCAAAAGAGAACUCGGUGGACACUGUCAUGACUGCUGCAAACUUGUUAAGAGUUGCUCUGAAUAAAUUCCACACUGGAGGAUCAAGCUUGUGGAUUAAGAACCUUCCUGUAGUUUGGGAGUCUCUAGCAGGACUUCUUGUUGGUGAGGCUGAUGCUGCAUCGCAGGCCUCGAGUAUUUUGAAGGACUUGAUUAAUGAACAAGUAAAUGAAGAGACUUUCCAUAUGGAGAGCCAACCAAGUGAUGACGUAAGUGAGGAGAGUCUGGAAACAAUUGCAAUAAGGAGAAUAUGUAUUGCUUUGGAAAGUGCCCUCAGUGCCCAUGGCGAAACUCCAAAUCAGCAUGCACUUUCCGUAAUCUCUCUUUUGUACCUCAAACUUGGAAAAACUUCUUACAUCUAUAUGAGGAGUAUCCUGCUCAAACUUGUUCACUUAAUGACCUCAGCUGAAAGGGGCCCAUCUAUCACAGGCCAUCUUCAGAGAUGUAUUGGUUCUGCUGUAAUUGCUAUGGGCCCAGAAAAGAUGCUUUCUGUUGUGCCUAUUUCACUGCAUCCUGACAAUUUUAGUUCUAGUAAUGUUUGGUUGGUGCCCAUUCUAAGAGAUUAUGUGGUUGGUUCAUCACUUGAGUAUUACAUGGAUUAUAUUGUGCCCCUCGCAAAAUCUUUCAAGCGUGCUAGUUCUGGAGUUAAGAAAUCAGUACUUGGUAAGGAGCUGCUGGGUCAUGCUCAUGACCUUUGGAAACUGUUACCAGCCUUUUGCCGGGGUUCAAGUGAUACAGACAAACAGUUUAGACGUUUGGCAGUAUUAUUGACUGAUUUUCUUAAAAAAUAUUCUUUUAUGCAUGAAAGUGUGGCUCUUGCUUUAAAGAUCCUUGUGAAUCAGAAUACAAGUGUACUCAGCUCUAGAGUAGUUAAAGAUUUAGACACCUGUAAUGUGCAAGCAUCCGGAUUAGAAUUGCAAACUCUACCGAUUUACUCAAAGAAAACUGCAAGCAGAAAUAUCAAGGCUUUAAGUUCAUGCUCUACUGAGUUGCUUCAACUUUUAUUGGACUUAUUUGUCGAUUCCAUUCCUGCGACAAGGUCAUACUUGAAGGAUCCUAUUGGUUGCUUAGCUUCUAUCACGGAUUCUUCUGCAACCAGAGAAAUUUUUGUGUCAUUUCUCAAAAGAUUUGGCAUUCUAAAUAAGAGAGAUGAGUUCGAGAGGGGAAGAGAUGAAAUGGAUGCAUCAACGGACAAAGAACCAGGAAAUGAGCAUGCCAUUGAUGUAAAUGCUAAAAGGUGCUUGUUACUGGAGAUAUCCUCGUUUCUUAUGGAAGGAGCACAGAAGGAUCUCAUUGAUUUGGUGUUUAGCUUUGUUAAAGACACUUUUCAGGAAAGCAAUGACCAUGGCCAUGCUGAAGCCUAUAAUGCUUUGAGCAAAAUUUUGGAGAUAAACUCUGUGGAGGAGCAGCAGGAGGAGGAGGAGGAGGAGGAGAAAGAAGAUUCAAAAGCUUUUUUCAUCCUCAAUGAGAUUAUACUUGUCUUAAAGGAUGCUAAGGAGGAAUCUAGGAAGGAAGCUUAUGAUGUUCUCAUCAACAUAAGUUCCAGCUUGAGAAGCAUUUCGCCUGUUAGUUCAGUUGCACCUUGUCAGAAACUGAUUAACAUGAUAGUGGGCUAUCUUUCUGGUUCAUCACCUCAAAUUACAAGUGGAGCUGUUUCUGCAUUGUCCGUACUAGUUUACAAGGAUACAGAUAUCUGUCUAUCAAUUCCUGAUCUUAUUCCUUCUGUUCUUUCUCUGCUACAAAGCAAAGCGGUGGAAGUGAUAAAAGCUGUUCUAGGUUUUGUGAAAGUAGUAGUGUCUUGCUUACGAAAUGAAGACCUUCAGAGUUUACUUUCAGACAUUGUUGAUGGUGUUAUUUCAUGGUCAUCUGUCUCCAGGCAUCACUUCAGAUCAAAGGUCACAGUCAUUCUUGAGAUAAUGACUAGGAAGUGUGGUUUUGCUGCUGUUCAGCUUGUUACCCCAGAAAAGUACAAGGGUUUUCUUAAGACAGUUAUGGAGAAUCGGCGAAACAAAACCUCAAAUGAAGGCAGGAUAGAGAACAAGGAAGCUUCCGCAAAUCAGAAAGAUGUCAGGGGACGAGGAUACAAAAGGAGAUUGAAGAACAAAGAUGGCUCCCCCCACUCAGGAGAAUAUGAAACUUCUCUUACUGCUGAUGGCAGAUUAGAAGGUUCUAAAAAGAAUGGUGAUUUGGCUGCAGGGAAAUUUUCUAAGAUUCAAUCCAACAAUCUGGAAAGAAAAGGAAGAGGACCUUUCACAAACUUAAAAGCGGGGAAAAGAGAAAGAUGGAACUAAAAGGUAGCAUGAGCAUGGAAACCUCAAUGAGAAAUCAUAAAGCAUCCAGAGCACGCAAUGGCAAUAAUGCUGUGCGGAAAAAACAGAAGAAAUAAGUAGGAAGGAUGAGGAUACCGGUUUUUCUUGCAAAGCAUCUUAAAGUUAUGAUGAUUUUGUUUAUCCUGGGCGCCUCAAAAGUUGGGCAUUCGAGGACAAGUACACUUUCUUGGCUUUUACAUAUUUGGCCCUUUCGGUUUUGGGGGAAAAGAGAGAUCUGAAUAUUCCACCUGGGUCUGCUUCACAGCCAUGGAUUAGAUUUGGAGGUCAUGGGUAUGAUAAGCUCGGUGUCCAAAUGUUUGGUGCGCCAAAAGGGGACAGAGAGGCUGUUCAAAGACAGUUUACACUUUACCUCCCAUUUUUUUUUUUUAUCUUUUUGUAAAUGAGUGCAAGCUAUAUCUGACUCUUGUACAACCCUUGAAUUGCUUAAUCUUUAUUUUCAAUAUAAGUUGUAACUCAUUGCGUGACAUAUGUUUUGCUU